AUGGCAGCCCUGCAGGAGAAGAAGUCAUGCAGCCAGCGCAUGGCCGAAUUCCGGCACUACUGUUGGAACCCGGACACUGGCCAGAUGCUGGGCCGCACCCCAGCCCGGUGGGUGUGGAUCAGCCUCUACUAUGCAGGCUUCUACGUGGUCAUGACUGGCCUCUUCGCCUUGUGCAUCUAUGUGCUCAUGCAGACCAUCGACCCCUACACGCCAGACUACCAGGACCAGCUAAAGUCACCGGGGGUAACCUUGAGACCUGAUGUGUACGGGGAAAGAGGGCUGCAGAUUUCCUACAACGUCUCUGAAAACAGCUCCUGGGCUGGCCUCACGCACACUCUCCACAGUUUCUUAGCAGGCUACACCCCGGCGUCCCAGCAGGACAGCAUCAACUGCACCUCUGAAAAGUACUUCUUCCAGGAGAGCUUUGAGGCUCCAAACCAUACCAAGUUCUCCUGCAAGUUCAUGGCAGACAUGCUGCAGAACUGCUCAGGCCUGGUGGACCCAAGCUUUGGCUUUGAGGAAGGAAAGCCCUGCUUCAUUAUUAAAAUGAACAGGAUUGUCAAGUUCCUCCCCAGUAACAACACAGCGCCCCGAGUGGACUGCACCUUCCAGGAUGAUCCCCAAAAGCCCCGGAAGAGCACCGAGCCCCUGCAGGUGGAGUACUAUCCUCCCAACGGCACCUUCAGUCUCCACUACUUCCCCUACUACGGCAGGAAAGCACAGCCCCAUUACAGCAACCCUCUGGUGGCAGCGAAGCUUCUCAACGUCCCCAAGAACAUAGAAGUCCGCAUUGUGUGCAAGAUCCUGGCAGACCACGUGACCUUCAACAAUCCCCAUGAUCCCUAUGAAGGGAAAGUGGAGUUCAAACUUACAAUACAGCAGUAAGGAGCAGGAUGCUUGUCCACACCUAUGCUGCCCUACAGGCCACUCCCUCUUGACCGACCAUC